AUGGCGCCUCGCCGCGCCGUGCUGCAGAGUGUGUCGGCCCAGGAGACAGUCCCUGUACAGCGCCAUUUCGUCGACCCGCCGACGUACAAGUAUACGGAAAGUGCCUUGCAGCAUGAGGCACAGCAGGUGGUGCAAGAGCGGCUGCGCAAUGCUGGGCGGCACCGUGACCACCUGGCACCGCUUGAGGGUGUUACCAACAUUGUGCCGUCGGCGCGCCAGCCGACGUCGCCGAAGCGCGCGCCGGCACCGGUGACCAAGGACAAUGUUGCACAGGCGAGCAAGAAGCCGCAGCUGCCCUCUCCGCCGCAUGUGAUUGUGGACCCCGAGGGCAACUCGUACGAGCGCCAUGCGAUGCUGGGCCAGGGCGGCUUUGCGCGUGUGUUCCAUGUCACGGACCGCUUUGGUCAGGAUAAGGCGUUCAAGGUGAUUGCCAAGAGCGCGAUUAUGCAGUCGAAGAAGAACCGCCAGAAGAUCCUGGCGGAGAUCAUGAUCCACAAGUCGCUGAAGCACGUCCAUAUUGUCGGGUUCGAGGACGUGUUUGAGGAUGCGGACAAUGUCUAUUUCGUGCUGGAACUUUGUCACAAUGGUAAUAUGAACGACAUUGUCAAGCGCCGCGGACCCUACUUGGAGGCCGAGGCGCGCUACUACAUGGUGCAGAUCCUCGCGGGGAUCCAGCACAUGCACAACAACUCUAUCAUUCACCGCGACCUGAAGCUGGGCAACCUCUUCCUGGACAAGAACAUGCAGGUAAAGAUUGGCGACUUUGGCCUGGCAGCGCUGCUGAAAUACCCCGAAGAACGCAAGAAGACGGUUUGUGGCACGCCAAACUACAUCGCGCCAGAGAUCCUGUACGACCAGGGCGAGGGCCACAGCUUUGAGGUCGAUAUCUGGUCCGUGGGCGUGAUUUUGUAUACGCUUCUGGUCGGCCGACCGCCGUUCCAGACGAGCAAUGUGCAGAAGAUCUACGACCGGAUCCGCCGCAACGAGUACGAGAUCCCUGCGGAGGCGAAUCUGUCGCCCGAGUCGCAGUCGCUCAUCCGCCAGAUCCUGUCGCAGCGCCCGUCGGAGCGCCCGUCGCUGCAUGAAAUCAUGGACCACGCCUGGUUCCGGGCUGGCACCGUGCCGCUGUCGGUGCCCUCGUCGGCGGUGUUCCACAAGCCCCAGCUCCCUACGCUGUCGAGCGCCGAGAGCCUGCGCAACUUUGAGCAGCUCAAGGCGAACGCCCACUGGCGCACUGAAGAGGAAGAGGCUGCCGACGCUGUGGCAGAGCAGCCACCCGCGGCGCGCGACGGUCUGCAACAGCUCGAGGCAGCGGAGGAGGACCGCGACCGCCUCGACCGCGAGUCGCAGCAGGCCAUCCAUCCCGGCAGUCCGAUCUCGACGCUGCUGAAAGUCGGUCGCCAGCCACUCGUCAAGGCGCCCGCGCCCGUCUCGGUCGCGCCGGCUGCGCCCGCGGCGCUCGCACACAAGCUGAGCCACCUGGACCUGCAGGACAAGGAGAAUAUGCACGCGGUCGCACAGGCGGCGCGCAUCUCGCGUCGCCUGGCUCCCGAGGCCGCGGCGCCGCGCGCGCUCUCGAGCAUGGAGCUGAUGGUCCACUACCUGAGCCAGGCCCUCGCGCACUUUGACGCCGAGAGCAUCGAGCCACUGGUGCCGCUGGACGUGGCGGGCGAGCCGGUUGCGGUGCCGGUGCCAAAUGUGAUCCAUGGCGAGGGGGGCCAGCUGCGGCUCAAGCCUGACGCGCCGCGCCUCUUUAUUAUCUCGUGGCUCGACCACUCGGAGAAGUACGGCCUCGGCUAUGCGCUGUGCAACGGCACCGUGGGCGUGCACUUCCGUGACUCGACGAGCAUGGUCCUGGCGCCGCGGCGGCAGGCCUUCGACUACGUGUACCAUGUGCGGUCAUGCGCGCCCGACGCGGCGCGGCGCGACCAGCUGCGCCGCGAGAACUAUGCCCUGCCCGCCGCGACGAGCAGCUACGAGUGGCUGCCGCGUGAGCUCGUGUCCAAGUUCAAGCUGCUGCGCUUCUUUGAGAGUGAGAUCAUGGAGCGCCUGUACGGCGCCGACAGUCCGCUGACCUACGUGGACGAAAAUGCGACGUCGAAUCUCGGGUUCGUCCACAAGUGGUACCGCUGCAAGCAGGCGAUCGUGUUCCGUCUCAGCAACGGCACUGUCCAGUUCAACUUCUACGACCACACGAAGCUGUUCCUCUCGAACGACGGCCUCGUUGUGUCGGCGAUCGAGCCCGUGGACCGCACCGACGGCGUGCCGGUCCUCCGCUCGUGGACGCUCUCGGAGCUCAUUGCCAUCGCGCAUGCGCAGCGCUCGGCCAUGGAGGCCUCGGCGGCCGCGGACGGCUCGCGCUUCCCCGCGGUCUUCCAGACCAAGCCGAGUGAGCGCCGCUUUGUGCGCCAGGUGCUGAAGAAGCUGCGCUACGUGCGCGAUGUUCUGCUUACGACGACGACGGCUGCGCCGCCCUCAUAG